CACCUAUUUAUAGCACUGGGGUGGCCUUGGCCCUCCCCACACAAGCAGCAGAGAGGCUGCCUACUGCAAUGUCACUGCCACUGCAGGCUGCCGGCACCUGCCACCGCAGCCCAGCCGAAGGAGACAGAGGGGCUGCAGUCUGACAGGAACCCCAGGACCACCAGGCACCGUAUAAGGCAAGGACGUGGCCGGUCAGAUGGGCAGCACCAUGGAGCCCCCCGGGGGCGGGUACUUGUACCUGGGCGCUGUGACGUCCCCGGUGGGCACAGCCCGAAUGCUGCAGCUGGCCUUCGGCUGCACCACCCUCAGCCUGGUGGCACAUCGGGGCGGCUUCGCGGACAUCCAGGGCACCUUCUGCAUGGCCGCCUGGGGCUUCUGCUUUGCCCUCUCAGGCUUGGUGGUGGCCUGUGACUUCACCCGGCUCCAUGGAUGCCUGCGCCUCUCCUGGGGCAACUUCACGGCAGCCUUUGCCAUGCUGGCCACGCUGCUGUCGGCCACGGCCGCCGUCAUCUACCCGCUGUACUUCACCCGGCUGCAGUGCCCACCCGAGCCCGCGGGCUGUGUGGCCAGGGACUUCCGCCUGGCCGCCAGCGUCUUCGCCGGGCUCCUCUUUCUGGCCUAUGCUGCAGAGGUGGCCCUGACCCGGGCCCGGCCAGGCCAGGUGGCCAGCUACAUGGCCACGGUGUCUGGACUGCUCAAAAUCGUCCAGGCCUUCGUGGCUUGCAUCAUCUUUGGAGCGCUGGUCCAUGACAGUCGCUACGGGCGCUACGUGGCCACUCAGUGGUGCGUGGCGGUCUACAGCCUAUGCUUCCUGGCCACGGUGGCCGUGGUGGCCCUGAGCGUGAUGGGCCACAUGGGUGGCCUGGGCUGCCCCUUCGACCGCGUGGUGGUGGUGUACACCUUCCUGGCUGUGCUCCUCUACCUCAGUGCUGCGGUCAUCUGGCCCGUCUUCUGUUUCGACCCCAAGUACGGCAUGCCCGGGCGGCCCCCCGAUUGCUCUCGGGGCAGCUGCCCCUGGGACAGCCAGCUGGUGGUGGCCAUCUUCACCUACGUCAACCUGCUCCUCUACGUUGCCGACCUUGCGUAUUCCCAGAGGAUCCGCUUCGUGCCCACCCCAUAGCCCAGUAGGCAGCAGCCCGCUCACCUCUGUUCUCCCAGGGCACCAGGCACCAUGAGAGUGACCCAGGAGGACCCAGACCCUCUGGGAAAGAGCCAGAGGAGGCAACCAGCACAGCCACUCCUGGACUUCUGGCAGUGCUGAUAGCUCGGGGACAGGAGGGGUGGGGGACAGAGGGGCAGGAGACCCUGAGCAGGACAUGGUAGGAGCCUCCGCCACGCAGCUCCCAGCCUUCUCUGUCUCUGUCACUCUCUCUUUCUGUCUCUCUGUCUUCCUCUCUUCUCUAUCUCUAUCUCUCUCUCUUUUUUUCUCUCUCUGUCUCUAGCUCUUGUUCUCUGUCUCUGCCUCUCUCCAUUUCCUGGCCCUCUCUGUCUCAGUGAUGGUCACUGUAACACCUGAGAAACCUUCGAAGUAGGUGCUGUUGUGACCCAUUUUGCAGAUGGGGACACUGAGGCUCAGAUUUAGGAGGUGGUCCCGUGUGUCCAUCAGUGUCUGGAGCCCACAUUCAGGCUAGGUAACCUACGUAGAGUUGAAAAAGGGACAAUUCUCAGAGGUGUGGGAAGGGGUUGGAAAGAAGCCCAGGAAAGGGCCAGAGCUGGGCCAGUGGAGGGGUAUGGGGGCCGGAUCCUUCUCCAGCUUUGAGGGGGGCAGUUCCUGGAACCCUGGGCUGACAGCUAUCAAAGCAGGGCUCUGCUGGGGGGGGGGGGGCUGUGCUCCCAGAAGAGAAGGAGCUGGGAAACGGAGCCCCAGCUCGCAUGCCUUCGUGUAGCCACAGGUGCCGGGGUCGGAGCCAGGACUGUGGUGUGGUCACACGGGGCAGCCUCAGAGCGCUGGAGACCGCGCAGGUGGCCUGUAGUGGCCAGCAAAGAGUGCAGCACGCUGAGGAGACGCUGGGUUCCUUCCCAGACGGGCCGCCCACCAUCGGCCCCCAUUCAGCAGCUUCUGCAAUGUCUGCUCUGGGCCCAGGUGACGCCGGCCUGGGGCAGCCACUGGGACACGGAGCCUGGGCACCGGGCGCCUCCUGCUGCACAGGCCCUGACCUCCAUGCAAGUGUCCAUCUGCCCGGCCACUGACCACCAGGGCCCACUUUCCAGCCAGCUUCUGUUUAAGAGCCCAUGGACUGGCCAGGGCCUUGAGCAGGAAAUAAAUGCCAACACUGAUUUGC